AUGGCGCCUCAUCCCUCGGGUACACCAGCUGUCCAAGUGACCCACGAGACGCAGAAGCUCUUCCCGGACGCCUCCAACGAGAAAAUGAUCUACAUCGCGUCCCCUCCGCCCAGCCCCACUCGCGUGCGGGAGGACAGAGCCGAGGCGGAAGGGGGAGGCUGCCGAGGGGCCGCCAGGAAGCUCCGCGCGCGGCGCGGGGGACGCAGCCGCCCCAAGAGUGAGUUGGCUCUCAGCAAGCAGCGACGGAGCCGACGCAAGAAAGCCAACGACCGCGAGCGCAAUCGGAUGCACAACCUCAACUCGGCACUGGACGCGCUGCGCGGCGUCCUGCCCACCUUCCCCGACGAUGCAAAGCUCACCAAGAUCGAGACGCUGCGCUUUGCGCACAACUAUAUCUGGGCGCUGACGCAAACGCUGCGCAUAGCGGACCACAGCCUGUACGAGCUGGAGCCACCCGCGCUGCACUGCGAGGAGCUGGGCAGCCCGGACAGCGGCUCCCGGGGAGACUGGGGCUCCCUCUACUCCCCGGUCUCUCAGGCAGGCAGCCUAAGCCCAGACGCCUCGCUGGAGGAGCGCCCCGGGAUGCAGGCGCCUGCCUCCCCUGCCUGCCUGCGCCCUGGCGCCCUGGCUUUUUCAGACUUUCUAUGA